AUAGCCACUGACAUACUAGUCUGUACAGUCUGCUUACUAUCACGAGAGUCGGGAGUGAAUAUCAGAGUUGUGACUUUCCGUUAGAGGAUGGCCGCGAUGCUAUCCAACUGUUCGCGGUUUGUGCCUCGUAUAAUAACAAGAAUUAGUAUAUCACAAACCAAGGUUGUGAGACCUUUACAUAGGCAAGGGCACAUUCUAUAUAUCCACACCCAACAUGUGGUUACCAAGAAUUCCCAAUUGUAUACAAAGUAUAAGAAAUUUCACUGUUGGAAAGAUCAGACAAAACAUAUUCAUUCAACAUCCUCGUUAUGGGAAAUAAAGGAAGUUGUAGUACCAGCAUUUGCAGAAAGUGUAAGCGAAGGAGAUGUCAGAUGGGAUAAGAAAGCUGGUGAUCAAGUUAAGGAAGAUGAUAUUUUAUGUGAAAUUGAAACAGAUAAGACUUCAGUUCCUGUACCAGCACCUGGUUCUGGUGUUAUAAAAGAACUCUUUGUAAAAGAUGGGGACACUGUUAAACCAGGGCAAAAAUUAUGUACCAUUGAUAUUGGUGCUACCGGUGGAGCUGCACCAUCAGCUGCAAAACCUGCUGAAGCUCCAAGUCCACCACCACCACCACCACCACCACCAUCAGCAGCUGCACCACCGCCGCCACCACCACCACCGCCACCACCAUCAGCUGCUGCUGCACCUCCACCAGUACCACCACCAGCAGCUAAACCUACACCUCCACAAGCACCUGCAGCAUCCAUGCCAGUUGCUGCAAUUAAACAUGCUCAGGCAUUAGAAAGUGCGAAAGUACAGCUACCUCCCACUGAUUAUUCUCGUGAAAUCAUUGGUACAAGAACAGAGCAACGAGUAAAAAUGAAUAGAAUGCGAAUACGUAUUGCGGAAAGAUUAAAAGAUGCUCAAAAUACGAACGCCAUGUUAACAACUUUCAAUGAAAUUGAUAUGAGCCGUAUUAUGGAAUUUCGUAAAACACACCAAGAAGCCUUUACAAAGAAAUAUGGUUUGAAACUUGGAUUUAUGAGUCCAUUUAUCGCAGCAGCUUCUUAUGCUUUAAAAGAUCAGCCAGUAGUGAAUGCUGUAAUAGAUGGCACUGAUAUUGUUUAUAGAGAUUAUGUUGAUAUUAGUGUUGCCGUCGCCACACCAAAAGGUCUUGUCGUUCCAGUCCUUCGUAGCGUAGAAAACAAAAAUUAUGCAGAUAUUGAAAUUGCUUUAGCAGCUUUAAGCGAUAAAGCAAGAAAAGGAAAAAUAUCUGUAGAAGAUAUGGAUGGUGGCACAUUCACAAUAAGCAACGGUGGUGUUUUCGGAUCCCUUAUGGGAACACCUAUUAUUAAUCCACCACAAAGUGCUAUUCUUGGAAUGCAUGGCGUAUUUGAUAGACCUAUUGCAGUAAAGGGCGAGGUAUUCCAGGUUGUAAUUCGUCCAAUGAUGUACGUGGCUUUAACAUACGAUCAUCGAUUAAUUGAUGGACGCGAGGCUGUGAUGUUUCUAAGAAAGAUCAAAGCCGCUGUAGAAGACCCCAGGAUUAUUUUAGCUGGCCUUUAAGCCUCGUAAAUGUUUUCACUAAAUCGCUUCAAAUACGGCUCUCAUUACAUUACGGAACGUUUUGUAUGCGUUGUAGUAUAUUCUGUUAUCGAGGCUUUUACUUAAAAAAAAAAAAAACAUAUUUCCAGAUAUUUAUUAA